AAAAACAAGACGGAAUGGAAUGAAAUGAAAUUGCUGAAAUGUAUACCUAUCAGCUGCCUGGCAACUGACUACCUACGUAUAUAUACGUAUAUAUCGAAAUAACGCCGAUCUAUGGGGUAUUCGUGGAACGAUGAAAACCGUACGAUUGUUUACAUCGGGGUCAGGUCGGCCAUGGCGAUAACCGUCGUUCGUUUGUGUUACGCAGUAUCGUCGGUUUCGUUAAUCCCUUCACUUGUCGCUGGUGUGUAUAUUUGCGAUCGGAGCUAUGAAACGGAAUUCCAUUAGUCGCCAUUUGGUUUCCGAAUUUCGCGACGUAAUGUUGUACCUGUUUAACCAGCGUCAGAUCGCGCGUCGUCAUUUUCGGGAUCAUCCCCCUCGUAGCUCGUAGUGCGCGACGUGCAAAAACUGCAGGGACAAAAACGCGCCUCGAUAACCUUUCUCCCGUUCUCGUUACGCUCGAUUUUAUCGAUUCAUUAAUUAUUUUUUAUUCACUUUUUUUUUUUCCUACCAUUAUUUUUCUCAUAAUUUUCUCACGACCGCGUUCGGUGACACCGGUGUAUCGUAACCUUGUUCGUUCACCUUUACCGUCCACCGCCGUCACCCUCCCGCUGCUGCAAUUCUACAAAUCUCACGAAGGGCCGGAAAAAAAGUUUUCAAACACGAUGACACGCUCGCUGGACUCCGCCGUGGUUCGUACCAAUGGAAAAAAAUCACUCGUCAACGUGGGCAGGUAUCAGAUGCUGAAGGUACUUGGAAAAGGAAAUUUCGCGAGAGUCGAAGAAGCCGUUCACACCCUGCUGAAUGUCAAGGUCGCCGUUAAGGUCAUAGACACCAGCGUUAUACGCGAGGAUUACGUUAUCAAGAAUCUAACCAGAGAGGCGAAGAUACUGUCGAUGCUGAGGCACGCUAAUAUCGUACGUUUGUACGAAACGAUUCAGUGCGGAUCCGUCUACUACCUAGUGAUAGAACUGGCUACGGGCGGGGACCUCUACACCCACAUUAAGAAUCAACCCCUCGGUCACCUCGAUGAAAAAACUGCCAAGGUUUACGGACGCCAAUUGGUCGCCGCCCUCGAACACAUGCACUCCAGGGGCGUCGUUCACAGGGAUCUGAAAAUGGAGAAUAUCAUGCUUCAAGACGCUCGCAAGGAACAGAUCAAAAUCGUCGAUUUUGGACUCAGCAACAUUUACACCGGAGAUAACCCGUUGAAAACCCAUUGCGGUUCACCGGAGUACGCGGCGCCUGAACUUUUUGUCGUUGGAAAAAAAUACGGACCGGAAGUGGACCUAUGGAGCCUUGGGGUCGUCUUCUACGCUAUGGCGACCGGUCGACUUCCCUUUCAAAGUCCUCGGGACGGCCAAACGUCCUCGGAAGAACGUCGCCGGCAGUUGUUGGUUCAAAUAAACCGAGGCUUAACAACGGCGCAGAAGAAAAGUAUAUCCUCGAUGUCCAGCGAAUACAGAAACCUCAUUAAUCGUUUGUUAAUGCCGGUCGCCCACAAGCGUAUCACGAUUCAAGAGCUUUGUUUCCAUCCUUGGAUCGGCAACGACGGAAAAAAUCUCACCAAAACAUCCCACGGAGAGCUGGUAGCGAUGGAGCAUAACGCGAUUAUCGACGAGAUUGCGGAGGCGAAGAGUACAGCGAGGACGACCAUAGAAAGGGACAUACUGCAGUCAAAGUACGGGGAAAUAGGCGGAAUGUACAACAUUAAGUAAGUGCGAUAAAAGUGAUGCGCGUUUCUUCC